UAAUAAAAACAAUAUUUAAUUUAGGUUUCUAAUACUAUUCAUAUUACUUAUUGCCAUAAGCUGACAUGCCUUCCUAUGAAUUGGCGUUGGUUCUGCGGCAACUUCCACGGCCGGAGUUGAUCUCAGUCAUCAAGCGAACAGCUGAAGCAAUCUUCGAUAAGGGCGGUAUUAUUCGAAAAUUCGAAAAUCUUGGCACACGUCCACUACCCCACAAAGUGAGCGAGCAUGGCGUUGUGCACCGAGAAGCAACCCACUUUACGAUUACGUUCGAUUCGGCGCCCACAAAGUUGUCAGACUUAAAAGAAGAAUUUGGAAGAGAUAUUGAUAUCAUACGCAGAAACAUCUUCAAGGUGGAGGAGCCCGAGGAACACAAGUGCACAUUGCAUGAAGAAAUGCUGCCACCCUCUUAUCGCAAGGAUGUUCAGGAGAUAAUUGACAUAGCAAAAAGAAAACAGAAACCCAAAUACAACUAUAACUCAGGAUUAGAUUAUUAUCCCUUCCAAAAGUAGAAUCUAAAAUCUUCAAAUAAAAGCCGUGUAUACAUGAUGAAU